AUGUUUGAUAACGACCCGGCGGUGUUAAAGAAGAAACAGUCUGUGAUUGAUGUAGGUCAACGCACACAGUUGGAUCUUCUCCAGGGUGAGGUUCGCCGCAAUAAGGAGGUGUUAACGAAUAUGCGGCUGGAGAAUACACAGUUGAAUAUUGCCCUUCAACAGGCCAUUCGUGGGCAGCGGCGGAUAACAAAUGAUGAGUACUUCCGCAAGGAGGAAGAACAAUUACAUAAUAAACUUUGUGUGCUCAAGCGUAGUUUAAACAGUGUAAAAGGGAAAAAAGAGGAACUCGCACGAGAGAUUGAACGUACUAUUGAAGAAACCAAUUACAUUAUUAAAGAGGGAGAUGCCACUAUUGAUGAGAACUCCGCACUUGGACAAAAGAUUCGUGCACUGGAGAAUCGAUUGGAUAAGUGUUUGAUUAAACACAAUGAAGUGAAUGCUAUUCGACGAACAUAUGAAACUUUAUUGGAGCGAUUACAACAAGAACAAUCCGGCUUUGAUACUCGAUUGGCAGCAAUGGAAAAAACUCUGCAGAAUAAAGAAAAGGAUCUUGCUGAUCUUAACAGUGUGGCUUCAGAAGCCUCACGUGGACGAGAUGCGGCAAAGGCAGAAGUAUUAUCCCUCAAAACACAACUCACACGAGAACGUCGAGAGCAAAAGAAAGAUUUGGAAGAACGAAAGGCAUUUGUAUCGUCUAAACGUACACAACUGGAAAAGAAAUCUCGUCGAUUACGUGAAAAGAUGGAAAAGGAUGAAGAGCGUCGAAUGCGGGCGCGAUUGGCGCUUAGUAACACACAGAAGAAAAAGAUUCGUGUGAAUCCACAGAAACAACUACAACCAGAGGAGUUGGAGCAUCAACAACAACUACGAGAGGCGUAUAAUCGAUUGAAGGAAGUUACUAUGAGUACAAAUGUGGGAGAUGUGGUGUUUAAAUUGAAGGAACGUCAAGAUGCGAAUGUUCAACUCUUACGUACAGUAAAGGAGGCGGAAGAGAAGAAUGAGGGAUUAUUGGAGGAACGACGGAAAUUACAGGAAGAGUGGAAUGAUAUGCAGCAACAAUGCGGUGGUACGAACCGUUUACUGAAAUCCAAAAACAACAACAACAUCAUCAACAACAUCAAAAACAGUAAUAAUAACAAUAAUGAAGAGCCAUUUGAUAACAGUGGAAUGACGAUGUCCAGUGUGGUGGAGCAGCGGGCGUUGGUGCGGCGUCGUGUGUUGGAGGAGUUUGAUGCCCACUUGUGUGAUCGACAAAAUGAGUUGGAGGAAACCCGCAUGGAACAGGAAUGGCUUGCACAGUUGUUGGUGGAUGUCGACACCGGCGUCCGUCACCUCGCGGAGAGACUCGAGGGCACCAUCAGCACAACAAACUCUAUUCAACUCCAUCCACAUAAUCCACAACAACGGGAAAUAUCAAUAUCAACAUCAACAACUCCAACUCCGGCAGCGGCGGCUGAUGGGAUUAGUGGAAGUGGGAAUAGACGCGGCGAUAGUGAAGUGUUGUCGCCCCCCGCCGCCGCGCUGACAUUCCCGCGGGAGUCCGUAGAAAUAACCGGCGAGACGGGAGCCCGCGGAAGUGUCAUUACGGAACUGCUGCGGGUCUGCGGCGUGGCGCUGCAGCGCAUGUUGGACGAACUGCACGAGGGCGACGUGGAGUCGACGGCGAAGUGUUUGGCCCACUGGCGCGGCACACUUCCCGCCUCUAACAUUCACGUCCGACUCGAACACUACAUCGACAACAGCAAUAAAUACAAUACCCAACAACAACAACAACAACAACAACAACAUUUGAACAAUAAUAAUAAUAAUAAUAAUAAUCUUCUUCUUUAUGAUGUUGGAGGGGAUUCCCGCCAUGAGGAGGGGGAGGAUGAGUUGGAAAUGGAUGAUCUUUACGAGAGGAAUGGCCGGCAAUUGUCUGCGGAGGAGCCCGGCGUGGCGGGCCGCAAGUGGCUGGGCGCCGCGGCCGCACGUAAUGAUCUCGCAGAUGACUUCCCAGAGAAUGAAAUACACGACCGGCGGGAAUUGAAGAUGAUGUCCAUCGCAACUGUGGAGAGGGAAAGGAAAAAGGCACGAAAACAACAACAACAACGCACUAAAGAAGAUAGUGCUUAA